GUGUGGUUCCCUUCUCUGAUUGCACUAAGGAUAACCCCGAGGUCCACACGGUUUUGGAAAUGGGGUACGGCAGGAUGGAGCUGGCCGCCGCCGUGUGUGCUGAGGGUUUGCGGCCUCUGCUUCCCCGCCCCUGCCCCCCUGCCUGGGGCGAGCUGAUGGGAGCUUGCUGGCGGAGGGAGCCCGGGGAGAGACCGGGCUUUAGUCAGGUGAUGAUUACGGCUACGGCAGUCGGAGGGACCGAAACCAUCGACGUGAGAGCGGUUGAUGAUGGCGGUUGCCGCAGCUCCGAAACCGCCAGGGGCACAUCGUGCGGGGAUAACAACCAGAUUAACAAGAAUAGCGUCAUCGCCGUACACGCAUCCGCUACCGUCGCUGCCGUACCAUAUUUGCAACAACAACAGCAGCAGCAACAGCAAGUGGUGCUGCCGCCGUUUGUUCUCUGUUCAGCUGAGUCCGACGAUGCCGUUGCCAUUAACGACUAUGCCAACGGUGCUAACGGUCACGCCAACGGGCUUAACGGCAGCACCUGCCUGGCGGCGGCGUUGCAGGCGGAAGCCGUGGCGCUGGCUGAGGCUGCUGCCACCGCCGCCGCCGUCGGGCGCAUUUUCAACGCCGGUAUGUUUGAGGCCAUAGGGCCCAGAGAUGCGAUGGAGGAUCGCUGCGUGCUCCUGCCCCACGUGCCCGUACCCGCCGCCGCCGCCGCUGGCGGCGGGUACAACAGGCCGACGGCGGCGGUGCCUGCGACGAUGCUGCCUCUGGUGGCGUUGUUCGACGGCCACCGCGGCGCCGACGCGGCGGAGUUUUGUCGUACACGGCUGGCGGAGCUGUUUUGGUCAGCGGCGCUUCAGUGUGUGUCGCCGGCGGCGGCGCUGCGGGAUACGUUUCUGCGGCUCGAGGCGGAGUACCAUGUGCACUGGCAGCGGCAGCAGCAGCAGCGGCUGUUGCAGCGCCCCGCCGGCGGAUCCUCCUCGUCCUCGUCCGCCGCCGGCACCGCCGCCACCGGCGUCUGCCGCUAUCCCGGCACUACGGCAUUAGCGGUUUUAUUAGCCCCCGGGGGACGGUUGGUGGUUGCCAACGCGGGGGACUGUCGUGCGGUGGUUUGUCGGGGUCGGCGGGCGAUGGCGGCGAGUCGCGAUCACACGGGGCUGUUGGAGGACGAACGGCGGCGGUUGGCGGUGGCGGGUACGGCAGUGACGUGGCAGCACGGCAGUUGGCGAAUCGGGGCGUCCGGACUUCAGGUAACCCGGUGCAUUGGCGAUUACGACGUCAAGGGAGGGGCCGCCGCCACCACCGCCGCCGCUGGCGUCACCGCACUGCCCGAAAUCACCUCCCUGGAGCUACAGCCCGACGACCAUUUCGUCAUAGUCGGCACGGAUGGCCUGUGGGACGUGGUUUCGGCGCAGGAGGCAGUCGGUUUGGUGUACGACACAGUCAAAGACCCGACUUUGGCGGCCAAGCGUCUGGUUUCGGAGGCGCUCAUGAGGGGUUCCGCGGACAACGUCAGUGUGGUGGUUGUGUUUUUGUCUCGCGUGGAGACGAUUGAGCGGGUGUACGGCACGAAGGAGGGCGAGGCAUUUGAGGUGACAGGUACGGCGUACGGCAGUCGUGUACGGCUGACGAAAGACCGGCAUAACAUGGCUUCGGCUGAUGAGGUACGUGAUACCUACUAA